CGUGAGUGCUAAAAAGCUGGAAACGAUAAAUUGUCUAUAAAAUAGAGUUGAAACAAUUUUCGUAAAGUUGUUUUACUUGUUGAGCACUUGAGAAUAGAAAUUGAAUACAGAUUUAUUCAACUAAUUAUAUUUCGUUACCGCGAGGGUAGAGCCAUUAAGCGGUCAAAAAAUCGUAGAAGCUAAUGAUCAAGAAUUUCCUUUCAUGGCAUCAAUUCAAAAUAUCAGUGGACACCACAUCUGUUCAGGAGUACUUGUCGCGGACCAUUACGUUUUAACAAUUAUGAGUUGCCUACAAGGUAGAAAUGUAUCUCAAACUCGAAUUGUAUUUCGAAUGGCCGAUUUACAACAAUCUUUUGCAUUGUAUCGAGUACGCGGAUGGUACAGCUACGAUACGUGGGCUGCUAGACAAAAUUUGCCGGAUAUAAGGGGUGAGAAUGAUAUUGCUAUGAUAAAAUUAUCAAGGAGACCUAUAAACGUGGCCCCCGUUCGUAUGAGCAAAUUCAAUAAACAACAAGUUCAAGGAAAAACGGCGAUGAUUUUAGGAUGGACUCGACUUCAAAAUGCCGAACCAUUAACAAAAGGAAUCGUAAAUAUUUUAAAGGAUGAAGACUGUUCAAAGAUGAUGAGUCGAAUAACUAAUAGAAAUCAUAAUAUUAGUUCAAAAAUAAUAUGUACUUUUGCCGAACCUUAUGUUUUAUUAGAGAAAGGAGAUAUUGGAGGACCAUUGUUAGAUCAAGAUGGAGACCUUUUGGGUAUUAAUUUACACAGUUGUCCGAGAAGUUAUCUUUCUUGGGGCGAUUUCACCAACGACUUCAUACAAAAAUAUCAAGUGAAUCAUCAUUCUGCCCUCACUUAUAUUAACUUUCAACGUUUUAUUAGACACAUAUCGAUGUAUUACUAAACAAUAAUGUUUUCUGUAAAAACGCUCUUAUAAGCCGAGUGUCACGAUGUUUAGCAAUAAAAGUUGAUUGUAUGAAGUUAAUAUGUGACGGCUCGUGUACUUUAACAAAUCUUUAUUUGUUGAACAA